UUUUUUGUUAUUCUAAUAAGCUGUCUAUUACCUACCUACCUUCAAUCCCACAAUAAUCUGUUUAUUUAUUAUUCCAGUGAUCUCCAGCUAUGGGUAAGGUAGCUACAGCUGAGGUGCUGCGGUUCAUGACCGACUGUCUGAAGUCAGCCGGUGCGGCGGCGAAGGCGGCUGAGCAGCAAGCUGAGCUCCUCAUACAGGCCGACCGCAUGGGGCACCCGAGCCACGGCCUUAAUAGACUAGAAUUGUACAUUAAAGACAUUUUAUCGGGAGCGUGCAAGCCAAAUAAUGAGCCAAAGAUACUGAAGGAAAACGCAUCCACAGCGUGGGUGGACGCCAACAAUGUUCUGGGGGCGACAGCCAGCCACUUCGCUAUGGACAUCGCUAUAAAAAAAGCAAAAGACACCGGCGUUGGAUGGGUCACUGUUAAAGGUUCGAACCACAACGGCAUGAUAGGCUUUUGGGCCCAAAAAGCAGCUGACAAGGGACUAAUAGGGAUGGCAUUCACUAACACCUCACCUCUCCUAGCACCUACUAGAAGUAAACAGUCGGUUUUAGGCACAAACCCGCUGGCAGUGGUGGCACCGGCGUCUCAAGGCGAAUCCUUCUACUUAGAAAUGGCGACUACUGCAGUGGCACUUGGCAAAAUAGAAAUGCAGCUUCGAAAGGGUGAGCCCUUACCCCACGGAUGGGCACAAGGACCUGACGGUAGAGAGACCACCGACGCUGAUCUGGCAUUCAAAACCAGAUGCUUGAUGCCGCUAGGCGGAGGAGAGAAAACUUCAGGUUACAAAGGGUUUGGGCUGUCUGCUAUGGUCGAGUUGUUCUGUGGCAUUUCAUCUGGUGCUAACUACGGUCACCAUGUACGCUCGUGGUCGCAUAAAGGCGCGGGCGGGCCGGCCAACAUAGGCCACUGCUUCGUGGCCGUCGACCCGGGGUGCUUCGCGCCCGGCUUCGGGGACCGCCUCGCCGAGACCAUCCAGCACUGGAGGCAGCUGGAACCGGAAACAAUUGAGGUGACCAAACUGGGCCACUGCUUCGUGGCCGUUGACUCGGGAUGCUUCGCGCCCGGCUUUGGGGAUCGCCUUGCUGAGACCAUAGAGCAUUGGAGACAGUUGAAACCGACCGACCCAGAAUUGCCAGUAUUGGCGCCCGGUGACAAUGAAAAGAAAGCUGCCAAAGAAACCUUGGAACGCGGGACGGUAUCCUAUGUGAAGCAACAGAUCGAUUCCAGCGCCGCCCUGGCGGAGAGACUCAAAGUUAAACCCAUGGAUGUCAUAGCCAACUAAAACUUGAACUGGGAAAGCCGAGUGAUUGAUUCUCAUCAUACUAACUUGUUGAUUUAUGAUUGAAAAUUUCCAGAGCAUAUCAUUGUUUUAAUAUUUUUAGGUAGGUACUUAUUAAAUUAAAAGUGGC